GAGAGGGAGGGAGGCAGGCCGGUGCAGAACGUCCGGGCCGGAAGCGCGCGGGGCCCGGCGGGGCGGCCGCGGACAUGUGCAAGAUGUCGUUCAAGAAGGAAACCCCGCUUGCCAAUGCGGCAUUCUGGGCAGCGAGGAGGGGCAACCUGACUCUGCUCCGCCUGCUACUGAACAGCGGCCGCGUGGACGUGGACUGUAGGGACAGUCAUGGGACCACACUCCUCAUGGUCGCCUCCUAUGCUGGCCACAUAGACUGUGUGAAGGAGCUUGUCCUGCAGGGAGCGGACAUCAAUCUCCAGAGAGAGUCAGGUACAACCGCCCUUUUCUUUGCUGCCCAACAAGGACAUAAUAAUGUCGUGCGAUUUCUCUUUGAAUUUGGAGCAUCCACUGAAUUUAGGACCAAAGAUGGAGGCACUGCCCUGCUGGCCGCCAGUCAGUACGGGCACAUGCAGGUGGUGGAGACCUUGCUAAAGCACGGAGCCAACAUCCACGACCAGCUCUACGAUGGAGCCACUGCACUCUUCCUAGCAGCUCAAGGGGGUUACUUGGAUGUGAUUCGAUUAUUGUUAUCUUCAGGCGCAAAAGUCAACCAGCCGAGGCAGGACGGGACAGCACCGCUGUGGAUCGCCUCGCAGAUGGGCCACAGCGAGGUGGUGCGGGUGAUGCUGCUGCGCGGGGCCGAGCGCGAUGCCGCCCGCCACGAUGGUACAACAGCUUUAUUGAAAGCAGCCAACAAAGGGUAUAAUGAUGUUAUAAAGGAGCUGCUGAAAUUCUCACCCACCCUCGGUAUUUUGAAGAAUGGGACCUCGGCGCUCCACGCGGCGGUGCUCAGCGGGAAUAUUAAGACAGUCGCCCUGCUCCUGGAAGCAGGGGCGGACCCAGCCCUGAGAAACAAGGCCAAUGAACUUCCAGCAGAACUAACCAAAAAUGAACAUAUACUGCGUCUCCUCCGAAGUAAAGAAGGACGCAGGAAGAGCUAACUCAGUCCCAUAUUUGACUGAAAGAUAGAAACCUUAAUCAUACCAUCCAAAAAGAAAUUGCUUUUCAAAUAGUGUUGGAAAUUCCUGUAAGAAAGAAAAUGCCCAGAACGCCCACCCUGGGUCCCUGACCAAGAAGAGCUGUGUGCUGUGUGUCCCGAGUGGAGAGCAGAGCCGCUCAGGGACCCUUCCAAUGUAGUGGGCUUCUAGCUCUGGCCUCCAGCCCCACUCCACGGGGCCUGGGAUGUUCAUUCAGGGAUUCCACAGAAACUCGUUGAAACAACAUCAACUUGGGUCUUUCAGUUAAACUCUUAAGACAGAGUUAAACCCUCUUAGAAACAGAAACAGGAAGCUUUGUUCCUUUAAAAAGGCUGAAAGUCUGACCUUCAAUUAAUUGAUGCUCUUUUGCUUUUGUGUUAAAUAUAUGUGAGCUCAAAAAUAUGGUUCUAUCAUAUUUUACAUGAAUGUGUAUGUCAUUCCAGUAUAAAAUGUUCUCAUCCACCCAAGGCUCCUGGCCAUGGUUAUUAUGAAUCAAUAAUGGGUGAAGUUAUAUUAUUAAAAAGCCACUUCUGACCUUCCACCAUGUGCUUUUCAAAGAUGGACUAUGGAACUAUAAAAAAAGACAAAUUGUUCAUUUAGUCCUCAUCUUAUUCCUCAUGUGUAAAGGUCAUUUUUACCUAGAGUCAGUGUUGUUGGUAUGGUAGGAUACAAGUGGCAAAUUUGGAAAUUCAGAAAAUCACAAGCCACAAGAAAUGUAGGCUUGUCUCUUUGAGCUGUCACUCUGGGUCUGUUGCUGGGAAUUUACUUUCUGUGCCAUAACUAAGUAGACUUGGCAUGCUGUGGAAUCUUGAGUUUCCAAGACCACCUUGCUUGAUAGAAUGACUUUGGAGUCCUUGGAUAUAAUGUGAUGUAAGUACACUGUGUUACUGUUACUAUUGAAGGAGUAUAAGUAAUAAAAGACUGUUACUAGUA